AUGUUUGGUUUUCAUCGCGUCUCACCUGCUAUCUUCUUUCGUCGCACAUCUGAGGCGCGCCGAUCUAUCUAUCUAUCUAUCUAUCUAUCUCAGAAUGUUCUAUCUAUCUAUCUAUCUAUCUAUCUAUCUAUCUACUGUUUCCUAUCUAUCUAUCUAUCUAUCUAUCUAUCUCAGAAUGUUCCUAUCUAUCUACGUCAGACUGUUCGUAUCUAUCUAUCUAUCUAUCUAUCUAUCUAUCUAUUCAUCUAUCUAUCUCAGAAUGUUCCUAUCUAUCUACCUCAGACUGUUCGUAUCUAUCUAUCUAUCUAUCUAUCUCACUGUGUUCAUAUCUAUCUAUCCAUUUCUAAGAUAUUUUUCAUCAGAGCCCCACAUAAUUCCAGGCUCCAAUGCUUUCAUGUCUCCUGUUCAUAUCUAUCUCUGUAUAUAUUCCUUCCUCACUACCUUCUUUCUCAGUCAAUUCAUAUCUAUCUAUCUAUCUAUCUAUCUAUCUAUCUAUCUAUCUAUCUAUCUAUCUAUCUCAGCCUGUUCAUAUCUGUUAAUCUAUCUCAGUCUGUACAUUAUCUAUCUAUCUAUCUAUCUAUCUAUCUAUCUAUCUAUCUAUCACAUUUUUUUCAUAUCUAUCUAUCUAUCUAUCUAUCUAUCUAUCUAUCUAUCUAUCUCACCGUGCUCAUAUCUAUCUAUCUAUUUAUCUAUCUAUCACACCUGUUCAUAUCUACCAAUCUAUCUAUCUCAGUCUGUUCAUUAUCUAUCUAUCUAUCUAUCUAUCUAUCUAAUUAUCACAUUUUGUUCAUAUCUAUCUAUCUAAUUAUCACAUUUUGUUCAUAUCUAUCUAUCUAUCUAUCUAUCUAUCACAUUUUGUUCAUAUCUAUCUAUCUAUCUAUCUAUCGAUCUAUCUAUCUAAUUAUCACAUUUUGUUCAUAUCUAUCUAUCUAUAUAUCUAUCGUUCUUUCCGUCCUUCCUUCCGCCCUCCCUCCCUUCCUUCAAAUGAACGUGUCAUUUUUCUUUCCCCGCCGUAUUUUUUUUGUCUUUCUUUUUCCUAAAACUCCCUCCCUCCCCCGCUCUCUCUCUCUCUCUCUCUCUCUCUGGCCCAUUCAACUUCUUCCCCACCCCAGACUUUUCAGCCAACGCCCCGUUCCUGCCCCAUUCUCCCUUAAUCUAUUCAAGAAUCAUGGUGCAUACUCCUACCACCAUUACCACCCUAAUUUCUCUCUUUCCAUCUCUAUCUAUCUCUUUCUUUCUCUCUUACUCGCUUACUAUUUUUCUCUGCACGCCUUGUACCUCUAUCUCUGUCAUUCCUCUCUCCUUCUCUCUCCCUCUCCUUCUUUGCUUUGCUUUUUUUUCUAUCAGUCACCUCUCGUCUUUCCCUCUUUCUAUGUGUCUCGCUCAUUUCUUUUUCCCCCUCUCUCUACCUACUUUACUCUCUUCUUUUCCUCUCUCUAUCUGUCCCUCUCUCUCCGUUUCCUCUCUCUACCUGCCUCACUGUCUUCGUUUCCCCUCUCUCUACCUACUUUACUCUCUUCUUUGCCUCUCUCUAUCUGUCCCUCUCUCUUUGUUUCCUCUCUCUACAUCCCUCACUAUCUUCUUUUCCCCUCUCUCUACCUACUUUACUCUCUUCUUUUCCUCUCUCUAUCUGUCCCUCUCUCUUCGUUUCCUCUCUCUACCUGCCUCACUAUCUUCUUUUCCCCUCUCUACCACUUACUCUCUUCUUUCCUCUCUCUAUCUGUCCCUCUCUCUUCGUUUCCUCUCUCUCUGCCUCCCUCACUGUCUUCGUUUCCCCUCUCUCUACCUACUUUACUCUCUUCUUGCCUCUCUCUAUCUGUCCCUCUCUCCGUUUCCUCUCUCUACCUGCCUCACUGUCUUCGUUUCCCCUCUCUCUACCUACUUUACUCUCUUCUUUGCCUCUCUCUAUCUGUCCCUCUCUCUCCGUUUCCUCUCUCUACCUGCCUCACUGUCUUCGUUUCCCCUCUCUCUACCUACUUUACUCUCUUCUUUGCCUCUCUCUAUCUGUCCCUCUCUCUUCGUUUCCUCUCUCUACCUGCCUCACUGUCUUCCCCCUCUCUCUACCUACUUUACUCUCUUCUUUGCCUCUCUCCUCUCUGUCCCUCUCUCUUUGUUUCCCUCUCUCUACAUCCCUCUAUCUUCUUUCCCCCUCUCUCUACCUACUUUACUCUCUUCUUUGCCUCUCUCUAUCUGUCCCUCUCUCUUCUUUUCCUCGCUUUAUCUGUCCUUCUCUCUUCUUUUCUUCUCUCUUUCUGCUUUACUCUCUUCUUUUCCUCUCUCUACCUGCCUCGAUCUCUACUUUCUCUCUCUACCUGCCUUACUCUCUUCUUUUCCCCUCUCUCUACUUGGCUCUCUUUCUUCUUUUCCUCUCUCUAUCUGCCCCACUCACUUCUUUCCCUCUCUCUACUUGCCUUACUCUCUUAUUUUCCUCACUCUACCUGCUUGGCUGUCUACUUCUAUCUCUCUUCCAUCUCUCGUUUAUUUCUCCUGUUUGUUAAGAUAUUUUCUCCCUACCCCCAAAUUUACGAAUCUUCUUGA